AUUCAUUGGUACAGUAGUGAUGGCAUGAAAUGAGUGGUGGAGAGGCAGACAUACAUUGCAUGGCCUGUAGUGCAUCGUAAGUGACAAUCACUACAAUCACUGCAUUAUAUCAAUGUUUACUCAUUAAGUGCUUCACUGUUACGGAAACACACAAUGCAUUCACCACUCAAUCAAUCCAUUAAUCAAUGAUUUCAUACGAAAUGCAUUCAAAUGUUUGUUAAUUCAUUGAUGUUUUAAUUCAAGCAUUCAUUGACCGCUAAUUGACACACAAUUGACAUGAAUCUCAACCUCUGUCUGUAUAUCAAACUCAAUGCCAUUGUAUUGACAUUCAUAUCAAUUGUUGAGACCAAUGUCCAGAACUGUUCAAUCGGUGUCCUAACAGACAGCGUGUGUGCGAAGGGAUGGGUAUGUGUGCAGUGGUCUGACAGUCACCCCAAUGGGUCGAUGGGUCGGUGUGUCUGUCAGGAGGACUGUCCCAAGAAUGAGACGAUUGUGUCAACUGUUAAACCGCUUCCAAUCUAUUCAGUGGACGACAACAGCAACAGUCGAUCGGUGGUAGUGGUGAGUGUGCUGUCGGUGGUGAUGAGCGCACUGGUAGUUGUGGUCAUGUAUUACGUGGGAGUGAGGAAAGGCAUGUUUCGGGAGGUGUGGCGCCGGGCGUUCACUCCCCAGCAGAUUGAACACCAACUCCUCGACCGAAGUCCACAAUCGGAUGAGACGAACGACUCGGAGGCCAUCGCUUAAGACACUACUNUCGACCCAUUGGGGUGACUGUCAGACCACUGCACACA